UCGCACACACAGUCAGUUGGGGAGCCAACAAUGGCGGUAACACCAGUAGUAGUCUUUGGUCUAGCAUGUCUGGUAACAUCAGCAUCCACGGCCAAGCCCAAACAUGACAUCGACAAGGUGCAUGUCAUCUUCAUGAACCAUUUAGAUGUUGGUUACGAUGGUAUUGACCCUACAGUCGGAUACGCCAGUAAUGUCAUCAACAGGUACUUUGACGUGUACUACCCCCGGGCCAUGCAGGUGGCGGGGGACCUGAGGAGGGGCGGACAUACGGAGACCUUCAUCUACACGACCCACCCCUGGCUUGUGUAUCUGUACACCAACUGUCACCUCCUCACCCCCGUCCUCAACGGAGUGCCCAUCCACUGUCCCUCCAGCCAGCAGUUGUCCGCGUUCGAGGCCGCGGUGAAACAAGGGGACAUUGCGUGGCAUGCUGGGGCUAUGAACAUGCAGCCGGAAUACUUCUCGCAGCUUCUUUUCCAGCUCAGUCUCAACGUCAGCAAGGAUCUUGACCACCAGUUUGGCAUCAGCAGAACCUUCUCCACCAUGAGCCAGAGAGAUGUUCCAGGUAUGACCAAGGCCGUGAUUCCUGUGUUGGCUGAGAACGGAGUUGUUGCUGUCAGCGUGGGCGUCAAUGAUGGCUCAGCGCCUCCCGAUGUCCCUAACCCUUUCAUCUGGCGGUUCAAGGACAGCGAGGUCAUCGCCAUGUGGCACAAAGGUGGUUACCCAGGCAACCCCGGCCCUAACGCUACAGAUCCUGGGGGUCUGAGCCGCGAUGAUUGUGUUAUAGUGAAGGGUUUCCGUGAAGCUCUUUGCUUUGCCUUCAGGACGGACAAUAGCGGCCCGCCAAUAAACUAUACGGAGGUUUUAAGUAACUAUGCGGUCGUCCGAGGAGUGUUUCCUGGUGCCAAUGUCACGGCCUCGACCUUUGACCUGUACGUGGAGUCUCUGUCAGAAGUGAAGCAUAAGUUACCGAAGAUGAAGGUGGAGAUUGGAGACACAUGGAUCCAGGGCGUGGCGUCUGAUCCCGCAAAGAAUGCCAGAUUCAGGGCUUUUUCAGACGCUUUACAGAAAUGUUACAAAAAAGGUGACUGUUCCGGAGAUGACCCCCGCCUGAAGACAUCCACCAAGUGGCUCAUCAAGGCGGGAGAACACACGUGGGGCCUGAAGAGACUGAGGGACAACACGAACUGGACGAAUAUAGCAAUUUCCAGGGCCAGGAAUACAAGUGACUUCAUCACCCACGUGGCUUCCUGGAAUGAACAGCGUCAGUUCCUGGACCUGGCUUUAUCAGCUCUGUCAGACCACCCUCUGGUGAAGAAGAUCCGGAGGAGCUAUAAACAGCUUAUACCCGUGAAACCCGACCUGACAGAGUACCAGCUGAUAGAAGAUCCCACAACGCCCUUGUCAUGUGGAGAUGACGUGACGAUGCAGUUUGCUCACGAUGGAUCCAUGGUCCGUCUCUAUGAUCCAUUAAAUAAGGUAAACUGGGCCGGUGCUGACAACCCGAUGGGUCAGUUUUUGUACCGCACCUACAACGACAGUGAUGAUGUCGCCGUAGCCCGCUACUACUGCUACAAAACCAAUUCCAGUACUCCGUUCACAAAAACAAACGCCACUAUGAAUGCUCACCCGGAGUCCAGAUUCUGGCCGUAUUCGUUGUCGUCACUUUACAGAAACAAGAACGCGACGAGCAGCUGUGACGUUCUCGCGAAGCUGACGCCCGACAACGCCACCCCCGUGACGUACUACGGGGCGCCGCCUGAGGUGUGGAUACAGUACGUCUCCCACAUCCCGGUUCAUGUCUCGGGGAAGAAACAAUUUACAGGGCUUGAUGUGACACUGCAGUUAUUCAAUAAAACAACGACUCGGCUGAGCGAGGCUAUAUCCUACAACUUCGCGCCACGACCGGCCGGCAACCAGACUUGGAUGAUCUCCAAGAUUGGAAGAUUCGUGGAUCCUCUGAAUGUGGUAUUUAAUGGAAGCCAGUACACUCAUGCGACUGACGCCGGUGUCCACUUCCUGAACGACAGCGGUGACGGACUCCGCCUCCUGAGUGCUGACGUUCCGCUGGUGUUGUUGAGCUCAGCCACCCACCCCCCAGCGGUCUUCCCCGUGCCCCUCCAGCCCAUUAGUGAACGCAUCACUGGGGCGGCCUUCAACAUCUUCAACAACGCAUGGAACACAAACUACAUCUUUUGGUACCCGUAUGUUGACGGGGACGAGAACUUUAAAGCCAGGUUUCAAAUUGCAUUUGCGAGACAACACAAAGAGGAAAAUUAAAGGAAUUCGCAGUGAA